AUGGGACGUAGAAAAAUAGCCAUCGAACCCAUCGUUGAUGAGCGAAACCGUACCGUAACUUUUAUCAAGCGUAAAGCUGGGCUUUUCAAGAAGGCGCACGAGCUGGCAGUGUUGUGCCAAGUGGACGUAGCUGUCAUCAUCCUCGGGGCCAACAACACGUUCUACGAAUUCUCAUCAGUCGAUACCGAUGACUUGAUCGACCAUUACCAGCAUUCACAGCUGCCCCACGACGUGAAAGGGCCAGCAAACUACGGGAGUUUCCGCAAGAAAGAACGCGUGGUGAUCCACGACAGGUCCAAGAAACGUGCCAACCAUCGCGAUAGUCCCGACACGAACGACGCUGACAGCACAAGCCUCAAUGAUGACAAUGCAGACGAAAAUGAUGACGAUGACGAUAAUGAAAACGAACUCGAAAGGCACGACGACAAUGGCGACGAUGAUGAUGACGAUGGUGAUUCUCGAAAUGCCACCGAAGGUGCUCAAAAUGAUUCUGAGGACUCUGGGGGUGGGGUUAAGCAAGAACUUUCAGGAAAGCCUGCUAAAAAAAAGCUCCGAAAGUCCGUGUCCAACGUUCGCGCCAGCGCCAAGUCCUCCAAAAACCCGACUUUCAACCCACUCCAGCAACAGGUGCAGCGUCAAUUUCACAAUUUGUACGCCGUGGCCUCGAAUCCAGAGGCUUCGUCCACGAAUUUCACACAUUUUGGUACGCAGCCAAAUUCAUCGUUUUCUAGGGCUACGCUGUCUAAUGUGUACGAUUCUCGCAGUAAUCGAGGACUCGCAUCUGGGUUCAAUUCGAUUUCUGGUAACAGCUUCAUCGGCGCUCCACUUGCAAAUUCAAAUCUAGGGUUGCGUUCGGCGUCAAUUCCACUUGCAAAUAGAGAAAAUACAAAAGUUGUUGAGACGAAUUCCCAAACAACACGACCAGAAGAGCCGCGGUCGAGAUCUAGUACACAUUCACGUUCGCGGUCGAGCGUUAACAACGGAAGCAGUUCGAGGCCCGCCUUGAGAGUUCAAAUUCCUUCAAGUUCAGGAACUGCAAUCAAAAGUGAGCCUUCGUCCGCGUCUUCGCCAAGUCGUAGUAUAACCAGCACAUCUCAAUUUGCGCGCAGUAACGCAGGCCACAUCGAGCUGCCGCACCCGACACAUUCGAAGAAUAGCACACCGCAAUCAGCACAUGCACCGAUUUCAGGUACUGGUUUGGAUCGGGUGGACAAAUCCCAUGGGUUUUUGCCAUCGGCAAACGCUAUGGGCGCGGGCAACGCGGGGAAUGGGUUUUUGUUUAACGGAUUACCGUCUGCUUUGAAUGCUUCACCGUCAAUUCAACAAUAUUUCGCGACACCACUGCAACCGAACCAUAUUGGUUCUGGUACAAAUAGCACAGGAUCUAAUGUACCGCAAGUUUCCCAUCCGCAUGGGUAUCUGAUGCAGAAACAUAUCCACUUGGCUCAACAACAACAACAACAACAACAACAACAACAACAUCAACAACAUCAACAGCAUCAACAACAACAACAGCAUCAACAUCAACAGCUGCGAUCUCACAAUCCAGCGGUUGUAGGCCAGGUAACAGAUACAGGGUCCGGCCCGUUGACUGGAUCUCUGCCGUCGAAAUUUGCCAACGAUUUAAUGGUAGCAUCACCAGGUUCCUCAAUGUCAAUGUUUCAAGACUGGGGCUAUGGGCGGGCAGUUGGUGCGAACGGGUCCGGGGCCCAGACAGCGGGAGCCGCCGAGACAAACCCAAACGCACCUCCAAAUGUUUCGAACGGCAGCAGUGGAUUAACGCCGUACAUCAAUGCGAAUCAAACCCCGUUAUCAAGCAAAUAUUUUAUUUUUGGAGACCCCAAUGACGAUAAAGACAAGAAGGCUUAA